AUGCGUUCCCUCUCCGCUACAGGGAGCGUUACUCUCCUACUACUUAGCCUGGCGGCUGCCGUGCCUCACAGGACCCGGACGACGAGGUACGCUGUCAACAAGGAUCGAGCCGACGCCGUCAAGGAGGCAUUCCAGGUGUCCUGGGAUGGGUAUCACCGAUAUGCCUUUCGGCAUGACUCCCUGCGGCCUGUGACCAACGGGUUCGCGGAUGACAGAAACGGUUGGGGGGCAAGCGCCGUUGACGCCUUCAGCACGGCACUGGUCAUGGAGAAGUGGGAUGUUGUCGACCGGAUUCUAGCGUACAUCCCCGAAAUCGACUUUGACACCACCACGACUGAGGUGUCCCUGUUCGAGACCACCAUUCGCUAUCUUGGGGGCCUUUUGGAGCUGACGUAUGCACCAGCCUACGACCUCCUCACCGGCCCGCUAAACGACCACAUCAAGCAGAUCUCGGAUGUGGAAGCAAUCCUCAGCCAGGCAAAACGGCUGGCCGACAAUCUCAAGGUGGCCUUCGACACCCCCAGCGGCGUGCCCGACAAUAAUCUUUUCUUCAAUCCCCCGCGCAAGGGAGGCUCAACAACAAACGGCAUUGCCACCAUUGGCACGCUGGUGCUCGAGUGGACGCGCCUAAGCGAUCUCUCCAACGACACCGAGUACGCGAACCUGGCGCAGAAGGGCGAGUCCUACCUCCUCCACCCCCAGCCAAAGUCAGGGGAGCCGUUCCCGGGGCUUCUGGGGACCAAUGUGCGGCUCUCGGACGGGCACUUUGUCGACAGCAACGGCGGCUGGGGUGGCGGUACCGAUAGCUUCUACGAGUAUCUCAUCAAGAUGUACCUGUACGACCGGGAGCGCUUCGCCGAAUACCGGGACCGGUGGGUCUUGGCCGCCGACUCGUCCAUCGAGCACCUCGUCUCGCAUCCGACGACACGGCCGGAGCUGACCUUCCUCGCCAUGUGGCGGGGCAAGGAGCUGCGUUUUGUUUCCGAGCACUUGGCGUGCUUCAACGGCGGCAACUUCAUCCUCGGCGGGCUGACGCUCAACGAGCCGGCCUACACGGAAUUCGGUCUUAAGCUCGUCGACGGCUGCCACGAGACGUACACCUCGACAGCAACGGGAAUCGGGCCCGAAAUCUUUGCCUGGCAGGACGCGGCACACCCGCUCAACGCGACCAACAACCCGCCAGCGCCGGCGAACCAAGCCGCCUUCUACAGCAGCUCGGGCUUCUGGAUCACCAACGGCAACUACGUCCUCCGGCCCGAAGUCAUCGAAAGCUAUUACUAUGCCUACCGCGCGACGGGCGACCCAAAGUACCAGGACUGGGCGUGGGAGGCGUUUGAGCGGGUGCGCGAGACGUGCCGCGUCGGGAGCGGCUUCUCGAGCAUAAGGGACGUGAACCGGCCUGGAGGCGGCGGGUAUCAUGAUUUUCAGGAGAGCUUUUGGUUUGCCGAGGUCUUGAAGUACAGUUAUUUGAUUCAUGCCGAGGAUGCCCCGUGGCAGGUCAAGGCUGAUCAUACAAAUGAGUUUGUGUAUAAUACUGAGGCGCAUCCGAUACGGGUCGCGGCGCCGCGGGCAGGGGAGACGGUGAGCAGGUAGAUGGUUUGCGGAGCCGGAGUGUGUAAAUUUUAUUUGGAUAGUGCUAAUGGACGUGAUGCUUCGUUUCCACACUUGAUGUAUCUUCUCCUCCACACGCCAUCCAAAAUAUGAACAUCAACAUGAGUUGAAAUUCAUAAUACGCUCUUCCCCGACAUAAGCAUCGUCAAUCG